CUCUACAAAAGCAAAGUCCAUUACACCGGCAUGCGCGCUACGACGGAAACCGAGAACCCACUAAUAAGACCUGGUUGCUACGUCACCCAAUUUAUGGUCGCGCUGCACACCGACUCGUGCAUUGUCGAAUUUUGAGGUCUUUUAGUGCCCGGUGGCGUUCUCCCUGAUGAGCUGCGCUUAAGCGGUGCUGGGUCAACGUCGCGAAGACGAAACUUGCGACCCAGCUCAUAAAUGGAGCUGCCCACUUCAGAUUUAUCCCUGUCACGAAUUGUUGACAUCUUGAAGCGACAGCCUCCUCAGCGGACGCCGGCAGACCUGAGGAAGCUUGCAACAUAUUUACGCAGUCUAGACGGCUUUUUCCACUCUCUUGACCAGCUGGAUGUCGAAAUAAUUGGCAAAUGGCUGAGCUACGAGUUCGUCCCGGCCGGCGAGCCCGUGUACCGCGAGGGAGAGUUCGGCGAGAGCAUGUACAUCAUCCUGAGCGGCACUUGCGAUGUCUUUCCGGUGGCUGGCUCCCGGCUGCCCUCCGACACUGGGCUGCUGCACAUGGGCCAGGCCUUUGGAGAGCUGGCGCUGGUGGCGGCGCGGAAGCCCAGGAGCCGCACCGUGGCGGCCAGCACGGCAGGCGGCGGCAGUAGCAGCGGGCCGGCGCAGCAGCAGGGUGGCGUGCACCUGGCCACACUGCACCGCAGCUCCCUCAGCCACAUGCGCUUCGUGGCCGCUGCCUCGGCGGACGCGGGCCGUGCGCUGCAAUCGGUUCUGGCGGCUUGCUGCAUGGGCGUGCUGCGCGUGCCGCCCGGCAGCCGCACCCAGGAGGAGGUGGACACGCUGGCGGAGUUCUUUGGCGUCAUGGAGGCGUUCAAGAAGCUGCCCGGCGACAUGGUGCGGCGGCUGGCGGCGGACGCGGGCCACGUGCGGCUGCCGGCGGGGCGGCUGGUGUUUGAGGAGGACGCGCCCGGGCACUGCAUGUACGUGGUGGUCAGGGGCAGCUGUGCUGUGCGGGCGAGGCCGCUGGCAGCUAGGCCGCUGCGGCCGGGUGGAGGGGGCGCGCGCGGCAUCGGCAUGGGCCUGCGAGGCGGCGGCGGGCUGAAGGGCGCGGGGGAGCGCGGGCACGGUGCGGCGCAUUCGGUAUCGGUGGGAAGGAGCGCGGCGAGCGGCAGCACGCACGGCGCAUCGUCGCCGGGGCGCCGUUCCGAGCUGUCGUCGGCGCGCGAGUCGUCGGUGUCACGUGUCACCGCUGCGGCAGAGGCGGAGGCGGCCGAGAAGGCGGGCGGCGGCAGUGACGGCGAGGGCCUGGGCGUGCCGGUGGGAGGAGGAGGAAGAGGCGGGGGCUGGGGCGGCAUGGGAUUCACCACGCUGCUGACGGUGCGGGCGGCGCGCAAGGCCCGUGAGCGACACCCCGACGCUGAAGAGGACCUGAACGAGGAGCAUGGCGAGGAGGGCGAGGAGGGGCAGGAGGCACUUGACGGCCCCAGCAGAAAGGCGGCGGGUGCGCCGGCCGCGCCGGCCCGCGACAGCCCCUUCUGGAUUGCUCGCUUCAUGGAGGACGCCCUCAAGCGGCUUCACGUGGGCGACAGCGCCGCCGGACUGGGCCAGGCAAUGACGCCGCUUGCGGCCGUGGCGGCGGCGCGCUGGCGGCAGGCCGCCGCCGCGCGCCACAGCAACACCGGCAUUGCCGCGGGUGCGGGUGCGGGUGCGGGUGCGGGUGUGGGUGCGGAGGCAGGGAAGCAUGGGGAGGGGCUGGCGGAGGGCGCGGACGCCGCUGCUAUCGCGGCGGCGGAGGGCGACGGGCAGGCUAUGGAGGCGUUGCUGGGCCGCGCGGCGGCGCGGGCGCUGCGGGCGGCGGUGAGCACCAACCGGCUGCGCGACGCGGGCGCUGCGGCGGCGGGCAAGAAGCACGACGGCGGCGCGUAUGCCGAAGAGGAGGAGCAGGAGGAUGUGCUGAACCCCGCGGAGGCUGUAGCAGCGUCUGGUCUUGCUGCUACAGCCAAGGCAGGCGCGGCCGGCGGCGGGCUGAAGCAGGCUGACGCAGAGGGGCAGGAGGAGGAUGAUGCGGGGCAGGACGUGCCUGGGCCGCUACAGGGCCACCACGCCGGCCACCUGCUGACGGAGCCGUCGCUGCGGGUGCAUGGCGCCGGCGGCACGGCGGGCGGCCGCCUGACAGCUGUGGAGGACCCGGCGAAGCGGCUGCUGUCACAGGUUGGCCGCGCGGACCCCUCCGCCGUGAGCCGCGCGCUGCUGGGCGAGCUGGUGCAGCGCGCCGACGUCAGCGUGGUGCUGUACGAGGUGGCCAAGAACAUGGUGCGGCGCGGCGGCGGCCCCCGCCGCAUCAGCCGCACGGCCUCCAAGCAGAUCAACCGCGCGCUGCAGCAGCAGCUCCGGGCCGGGCCCGACCUCCUCCAGCCCACGGUGCAAGGCCAGCGCGUGCUCGGUCGCCACCCCUCCGUGGGCCACGGUGCCGGGUACUAUGGCGCCGGUGGUGGUGGAGGUGGUGGCGGAGGGGCGCUGCGCGUGAGCGGCGAGGGGCCGUGGGGCGGCGCUGGCGAGCAGGCGCCGCGUGUGUCGAUGGGCGGCAGCACUGCGACCUGGGGCCCAGAGGGUAACCGCCGCUCAUACAACGGUGGCGGCGGCGUGUACGGCACCCGCCCCGCCAGCGCCAUGACCUCCGGCGCCUCGGUCUUCCACACGGAGGGCGGUACGACAGAGUACGACGAUUACGAGGACGACGCCACUGACCUGGACUGGAACGGAUCGGAUCUGUUCAGUGUGGCGUCGUACGGCAGGCGCAGUACGGGAAUGGUGGGUGGCGGCGGCUCACAGUACGGCGGGCGCCGCCGUACAACGCUGCAGGACCUGCCGGACAUCAUGGCCCACCAGGACAUCAACACGGACCUGCUGAGCCCUGCGGAGCUGGAUGCGGUGUAUGGCCCCGUGCUGCGGGUGGUGGGGCCGGGGCAGUCCUUUGGCGAGCUGGCGCUGCUGCACAGGGAGGCGCGCCGCACAGCCACAGUUGUGGCGUUGCCGCCAUCCGCCGCUUCGCUGGGGCCGGUGACGUCGUCGGGCGCUGUGGUGGGCGCCGCGUCGGCAGCAGCUCCGCCCAGUCUGCCAGUGAUUGCCGGCAGCCAAGGCCUCACACCGGAGCUGUCCUCGGCCUCGCUGCACGGCAGCGGCGGCGGUGACGGCCCCGCAGUCGACCUCAUCUGCAUCCACCGCCACACCUACAACCACACCGUGCGGGCCGUGCAGGUUGCGCAGCUGCACGGCCUGUUGGCCUUCCUGGGCGGCCUGGCGCCGUUCCGGGCCCUGGACGAGCGGCAGCGGGCGGCUCUGGCGGUGUUCUGUCGCCCUCGUGAGGUGGCGGCGGGAGCGGUGCUGGCGGCACAGGGGGAGCCGGCCAAUGCGCUGUGGAUGGUCCAGGAGGGUGAGGUGGUGCUGCUGGAUAGCAGCUGCGGUGUGGCGGAGACGUUGAUGGCGCCGGCACCCGGCGCCGCGCGCACCGCCCUGCUGCGCAACAUCAGCGCCCCUGCCGGCCGCAACGUCGGCGGCAGCGGUGGCGGCGGCAGCGGUGGCCCUCAGCCGGCACACCAGCUGGGGCCCGGGGGACCGGGCGGCAGGUUGCUGCUGCGGCAGCUGUCUGCCCCAGAGGUGCAGCGGGUGGUGGCGGCGGGCGGCCGCCUGCCACCCGUGCCCUUGGGCGUUCGCCAGGACAACGCCGGUGGCGGCGGCGGGCGCGUCAUGUUCGACUCGGGCGCCUCCGCCGCGGAGCAGCAGCGUGCGGCCGCCAGCGGCGCCGCGCCCGACGGCCCGCUGCGGCACGUGGCGCCGGGGGCGCUGCUAGCGCUGGGCGGCACGCUGGCGGCUCUGGGCGCGGGCGGCGUGUUCGGAGAGGGGCUGCUGGCAAACCUGCACAAGGAGCAGCCGCCGGUGCCGGGUGCCGCGUGGGAGGCCCCACAGGAUGACGCCGCAUCUUCCAAGGGCUCCUCGGCGGCCUCACGCGCCGGCCGACCGCGCCCGCUGCGCCACGCCGCGCCGCCGCCGCCGCCGCACCCGUGCACCGUCAUCGCGCGCCGCCCCACCAGGCUCCUGUACAUCUCCGCACACGACCUCUCCCGCUUCGCCGAGCUAGUCGCGGAGCCCCUUUCCGAGCUGGCAGAGGCACGUGGCGAUUUCCUGGCCACCCGUACGGCGUCAGUCAGUGCUGCCAAGGAGGCGGUUGCGGAGCGCGUGGCGGGCGCCCGCCGUGUGCUCAACGACCUCCGCCACAUGCAGGCGGCGGGCGUGCCCGUCGCCUCCAAUCCCCGGCUGCUGGAGGACCUGCGGAGGGAGCAGGUGGCGGCGGCCGCCGCCACGGCUGCGGAGUCGGAGUACCCGCCGCCGCCGGUGCCGACGGCGGCGGAGCGGGAGGCGGCGGAGGCGGCUGCGGCCAUCCGUAUGAUCCAGGCCGCGGGCGGAAGGGUGCGGGCGCUGCUGCCCGGCGGCGGCGUGGGGCUGAUCGACCUUACCGCGACGGCGGCGCGCGGCAAGCCGCCGACGGGCCGGGUCAGCAGCGCGCGGAGCGCCCGCAGCGGCAGCAGCGGCGGCGGCGGUGCCGGGCAGCCGCUGAACCGCUUCGUGCAACAGCUGCACCCGAUCGCUGGGCGGCUGGCGGCGUGCCUGCAGGAGAGCACGCCCAAGCUGCCGCCGCGGCUGCCGCCCACGCCGCCUGCCGACGGCGACGGCUACCGGCCCACGCUGCGCCAGGCCUCGGCUGCAAGCUCGGCGGCGGCGCACUCGCUGAGCACCAUCCAGGAGGAGAGCAGCUCGGGGAUGCUGCGCGCGGCGGGCGCCGGCGCAGCGCGCUCAGUCGGCGGCGAGAUGACAGACGGCGGCGGCGCCGGCGGCGUGCUGCUGACGCAGCGUCGCGACUUGAUGGCGCCUGACCAGCCGCCGGCCUCGGUGGCGGCGGCAGCUGUGGAAGGUGUGGCGGCAGUGGAAAGUAGUGGAGAGCUGUGGCGCGAGGACGGAGACGGGUACGGGGACGGGGACGGUACAGAGCAUGACCAGAGUGUGGAGCUGGAGGUCAGCGAGGAGACAGUGCUGCCGCACUCCGCCGCUGCAGCUGCGGCUGCGGUGCAUAACACCGAGGGCGCUGUGAAGAAGAUGGCGGAGCAGCUGCAGAGCUUCUACCAGCUCUUGGGACAGGUGCCGGGCAGCCGCGAUGGCGCUCGCCCAGCUACUGGAGGCGGCGGCGGCGGUGGCGUAAGCAAAGACGACGAGAGCGGCCGGGGCCCAGCUCAGAGCGGUGCACCGGUGCUGCCGCCUCUGCCCCUACGCCAGCUCAGCCUCACCUCAGCCUCAGCGUCAGUAGCAGCGCUGGCAAGCCCGGGCCAGGCAGCUGCAUCCCCGCAGCUGCCGCCGCUGCACAGCACCGCCUCUCUGGGCCGCACCGACUCGCGCCGCCGGCUGGCCCACAGCGGCUUCGCGGCCUCGCCCAGCACCUCCUUCACCACCCGCACCGCGCCCGGCGGCUUGCUGCUGACCGACUCGGCAGCCAACACCCUGCACGGCGGCGGCGAGUACGCGCCCCCCUCCCUGGGCUCCAUGUCUCAGGCGUCGCUCCGCUCCUACCCCUCCAUCGGGCCCACCGCCUCCGUCGUCGCCGCCGGCCUGACCUCUAUGGGAGGGCCCCUGCUGGUGAACGAGUCCAGCGGCGGCAGCUCGGGCGGCGGCGGCGGAGCCGCCGCCGCCGCCGCCGCCUCUGGCAGAGCCGCCAGGCCCGACUCGGCGGAGUCUGACACGCCCGCCCGCCUGUACGCCGCGCUGUGUGAGGGCGGCAGCAUGGGCGGCGGCGCCCGCGGCCUGCUGCCGGCGCUGCACCACCCGCAUCGGCAGGCGCUGCUCGCGAGCGGCGGCCCGCUGUCGCGCGGCAGCCACGGCGACGGCGACAGCAUCACCAUCUACUCGGACGACGGCUCCACCAGCCCCGACCUGUCCAUGCUGUCACGUGAGACCCUUGGCGCCAUGGGCGCGGGCGUAGGUGCGGGUGUUGCAACCGGCGGAGGCACGCCUGGCGCGGUGUCGCCGCCGCUGCUGUCGCACCCACGUCGCCCCAUGGCUGCGGUACGUCGCAGCACCAGCAACAUCAGCGAGGGGUUGGUGCAGCUGCUGGGAGGCACGCCCGGAGACAUGCCCUCCACGCCGACUGCCGCCACGGGCGCGGCGGCAUCAGGCCCCGGCAGCAGCGGCAGUGGCGGCGCCCGUGUAAGUCUGAGCGGCGGGCCUGCUGGGUCUGACGGCCGCAUUAUUGAGGCACCCGGCGCGGCCCUGGAUGUUUUGAUGGGUGGGCGGCCGCGGCCGCUGUCGCGCGGUGACAGCUUGCGCAGCAUGGGUGGCGGCCGCCGCACUAAUAGCAUGAGUGGCGGCGCCGGCAGCAACCGGGUCAGCCUCAACGGCGCCGCCGGCGGCGCACCGGCGAGCCCGUACCUGGACCUGCUGUCGGCGGCGGUGGCUGCGGCGACCUCCUUUGGCGCCGCAACGGAGGAGGCGGGCGUGGCGGCUGGGGUAGGCGAUUCCGCCUCCGCCGUCGCUGCUGCUGAUGCCGCAGCCCGUGCGCCGCUACAGCUGCUGACGCCAAUGGAGUCUAUCAACACGGAGGCGCACCAGCAGGCCACGUCGGCUGAUGAUGCUACUGCCGCCGCACAUGCUGCUGCAGCCUCGGAAGGCGCCGACGCGGACUCGGACGCAGGCGCCGGUCCAGGCGGGGACGGUCCGCUACUGCCGUGGAGCUAUGUGGACGGCACGGACAGCCCCCAGCCGCAGCCGCACCCGGACGCCGAGCCGCUGGUUCCGCCACUGUCGCUGGCCGCACUCAAGCUGCGCCCGCGCAUCAUGGGAGAGGAGUACAGCAGUGACGGCGGAAGCCUGGGCGGGGCGGAGAGCGACGGCGGCGCGGGGCCGCGCGCAUGUAGCCCGCGUGCCGCCAUGACAGACAGCCCGCUCCGCGCGCGCCGCGGCGCGGGUGGCUUUGAGUCGCCUGCUCACAGCCCCCGCUUGGUGUCGCAUGUGUAUUGAAGGAGACAUGUGGUGAGGAUGAGCUUCGCUCAGUGAUCCGGUGGCGGGUGUGAAACUCAAUACCAUGUCGUUUGGGGCAAGGGCGAGCGCAAUCCACUUGGAUGAAACAAGGCGCGCUGUGCGUGCGGAAGCCUGAGUUGUUUAGGUAGGGCUGCUGUAGCGCUGGGCUCACGCCGCCUCACGCUGGCACAGGGAAAGGACGAAAGGAGGUGAGAUGGCCCGCUGCACGUGCACUGCCAUGACUUCAUUCUGCCACGGCCUGAGACGGGGAACCACUUUUUGACUGCAUUGCUAAUUGAUGGCGCUGAGAUAACCGUCCUUCUUGGACUUCGGACCGGGACGUGCCUACACGCCCGUGAGAUUGUGACUGUGUUGAAAGAAAUGAUGCUGUACAUACCGGUACAGGCCUGGCUGAUGGUCCAUUCUUGUUGAGAAAUGCUGCUGUAAAGGCCCGAAGCGACCGUGGUGUUUAAGACCGGAGGAAUGACAAGACACGCGCAAAGGCGAGGCCUGAAGGUUGCUGAGAAGGCAAGGCAUUUGACUGUGAGACUCGCGGA